AUGACCAGCUAUUUCCCCGCUGGUGCCAGCAAUGGCAAUGGGCCCUCCCCUGCCUCGUCGCCGCUAUCGCCGCCAGCCUCGCAGCGCUCGACUGCUCUAUCCAAUCGCCUAACCUCUGUUCUGUCGGCGUCCUACGCCGACUCCGACAUUCGAGAUUCGCUCGAAACCCUGAGCUUACGCGGAAUCCACAAUACUGCAGGGAUACGACGACAAAUACGACUCGAUGUACAAAAAGAAGUGGUGGAUUCCAACGCGGAAAUUGUGCGAGACUUUGGCAAAGUGGCAGAGCAAUUACAACGAAUCGGGUCUGUCAUAUCGACCUUGAAUCAGACAUGUGAUGAAAUGCGUAAGCAUAUCGGCCAGGCGAAGCAAGAUACUACACCUGUGCUGGAGGAAGCCGGGGCCCUCAUGGCCCAGAGGAAGGAAACCGAAACAAAACAGCAGUUACUAGAUGCCUUUUCGAAACAUUUCCUCGUACCGGAGGAGGACUUGCUUAUAUUGACCUCAGUGGAAGAACCUGUUGACGAUCGCUUUUUUGAUAUUCUUGCCCGCGUGAAGCAAGUACACCAUGAUUGUGAGGUUCUGCUCGGCGGCGAGAACCAGCGAUUGGGUCUCGAGAUCAUGGAAAUGAGCACUCGAAAUCUCAACUCUGCAUACCAGAAGCUAUACCGGUGGAUCCAAAAGGAGUUCCAGUCAUUGAACUUGGAAGACCCUCGCAUCAGCAGCUCGAUCCGUCGUGCUCUACGGGUCCUGGCCGAGCGGCCAACCUUGUUUCACAGCUGCUUGGACUAUUUUGCGGAAGCUCGAGACUAUGUUUUAUCGGAUGCCUUCCACUAUGCCCUCACUGAUGCUAUUUCUGGUGGUAAUGGAGGUGGUGCUGGAGCAGAUCGUACAGUGAAACCGAUCGAAUUCUCUGCCCAUGAUCCCCUUCGAUAUAUAGGAGACAUGCUCGCAUGGGUGCACUCCACGACAGUCUCCGAGCGAGAAGCCCUAGAAGCGCUUUUCGUUGCCGACGGCGAGGAGCUUGCCCGGGGCAUUCAAGCCGGGCUGAGCAGCGAGCCUUGGUCGCGACUUGAUGAAGACCAAGAAGUCAGUUUUGAUGGCCACCGGGCCCUCAGUGAUCUGGUCAAUCGGGAUCUCACAGGCGUUUCUCGCUCCCUGCGACAGAGAGUUGAACUAGUUAUUCAGGGCCACGACGACCCUGUUACCUGCUACAAGGUGGUGAACCUGUUGUCAUUUUACCGUACCACGUUCUCCAAGCUCCUGGGAACCCAAUCGAACCUCGUGGAUCUAAUGCAGGUUCUCGAGAAGUUUACUCUAAAUCACUUCACGGGUUUGAUGCGCGAGGAAGUGAGCACCCUCUCAGCUGACCCUGCUGUUCUCAUCCCGCCAGAGGACUUGUCACCUCCUGAAUUCUUGCUAGAUGCACUGGAAGGUCUAACAUCGCUCAUGAAAACGCACGAUGGCUCGGUUGGACCAGAUGAUUCGUCCGCAGAAUCGAACGAAAAUCGAUUCACCCCUGUGCUACAUGCUGCAUUUGACCCUUUCUUGACACUGGCACGAGCAUCAUCCAAUGAGGUGAAGGAUAUAACCGCGCAGACCAUCUACCGUACAAAUAUCCUUCUCGCAGCGCGAGCAACUAUCUCCCCAUUUGAGUUUGCCAGUGCUACGCAUCUGGCCCCCUUAUCCACCGCUUUAUCUACACUUCGCACAAAUCUCUUGGAUGUGCAGCAUCAAUUCCUUCUCGAGACAUCCGGACUUCAGGGUCUUUUGGAUGCCCUGGAGCCGUUCUCCAAGUCCGGCAAAGAAUCUGAGCCUGACGCAGAAUCCAAUGAGAACUCUGAAAAGCCUCAUCUCACAGAGCUCGCGAGUCUUCCUGCUUUCCAGCCGUCGUCGCUGGUUACAUCCAGCCAGCAACUAGAUGACUUCCUUCCAUCCGCUCUCAUGGAUGCCACUGACAAUCUCAAGCGUGUACAAAGCGCCUCUCUUGUCCACAGCGUCACUGAAGAUGCUGUGGAAGCAUUCUGUCGUGACUUUGAGUUCGUCGAGGGUAUGAUCAUUGCAGCAGAUGAAGCUAGGGGAAUGACACAGGCGACCCUGGGAACCGGAGGAAGUGUCAUUAGCGGCCGAAGCGGUAGAUCGGGACGCAAGCCUGGCACCGAUGGGGACACCGACGGAGAUGCGGAUGGAGAGGGCAAGGGGCAAUGGAGUUUGCGUCCAUUGUUCCCCCGGACUACAGGGGAGAUCCGGGUGUUAUUGAGCUAG